AUGUGUGCGGCCACGCUCAUCCUGCUCUCCUUCCGCGGCCGCGCCAAGCAAAAGCGCCAUCGCGAGCGGAUCCGGCGGCUGCUCGGGAUUCAGCAGGAGCUGCUCAUCCAAGCGGUCGUGCAGAUCGACACGCGGGUGGAGCGCAAGAAGCGCGACAGCAUGUACCAGCAGCUGCGGCGCGAGCGAGAGUCACGAAAGGCGGUCGGGGAAGAGAAGGUCCACUCAGUGCGCUUGGCGGUGCGGCGGGACUGCUAG